GGACAGUCUCUGCUUCCCCUCCUCCUCUUGUUAUAUAACUCCACACUAACAGGAGGGUCAUUUCCCUGCUUGGACUCUUUCACAGAAGUGGCUUUUCCUUUCCUUUGCUCUCCAGCAUCUCUGUUUUACAGUCACGGCGUACUAUAAUGGGUUUGAGGAUCGUCGUUUUUCUGGCUGUGUUAGUGGUGGUAACUGGGAGUCCCACUGUGACAAUCAGACCCGAAGCUGCCUCAGAGGACACAUCAGCUCAUCCCAACAGCCUACCAGAGACGGCAGAGGAAACGGAGACUCCUGGACAGCAAAAAGUAUCAAUAGUGGAGGAGCUUGAGGAGGAUGUGAUGGCGACUGGCAAGCUGAACCCAAAUCACUACCCUGCUCAGAGGGCAGCCAAGGUGGUCCAGCACUACCUCAACACCCGCUAUGGCUCACCGUACAGGGUGUUCUUCCUGCACAGGGUCCACAGCGGAAACGCAGAGGAUGUGGCAGACUCUGGAAGAAAGUAUCAGCUGGAGAUCUCAGUGCAGGACCUCAUUAGCACUAAUACAGAGAAAUGCUCUGCAGAGGUUUUGUUUCCAGGGGGAGAGCAGCAGCGUUCGCCCCAUGUCCAGGCCUCAUGUGAGGAGCUCCGUAAAAUUGACACUAAAGCUCAAGAAGAGGCUUUGUACCAACAGUACAAGACGAACCCAAGCCUGUUGGCAGCACAUUUACCUGAUAGCUAUGGUCACAUCAACCCUGAGAUGAAGCCUUUCUGGCACCUGGGCGCUGUGGCCUCCAGCUUUAUCAUGCUGAACGAAUCCACUGAAAACACUCUGUUCAACAUGGCUCAGGUGGCCAACGUCACGCAGCUGGCAACUGAGAACGACCAGCUGAGAUUUGACUAUCACAUACUGCUGCAUGAGAUGGUGUCACAGGAUAUCAUUCACUGGAAACUGCAGGUCUCCUGGUCUCCAUCAGGGGGAGUUAAAGUGCUGCAGAUGGAACAGCUGCCUCACUGCCAUCAUUGUGAAAAACCUCCAAACACAAACUAAACAACCAAGGCAAAAUUUUGAUGCUCACAUCUUGUAUUCAAAUUUUGGUGCACGAAUGUGGUUACGUCAAGGAGAUGAGCCGAUGAUGCCGGCUGAACCACAGAGACGUGGUUACACUAUCAAAUUAAUCCAUCGUACAUAAUGAUAUGAUAUCCUCAAAAUGUUCUGUACUGUUGGUUGCAAGAGUAUUUUAGCCAAAAUAAACUGUUAUACACAA